CCCGAUAGGGUUAGGGUUUCGCGAUUCAAUUACUCAGAAGACCUAAAGCAGAGGAAACUGUGAAAUCUUCGAUGGCUAGAGCUAGGAGCCAGAGCAGAAGCUAUAGUCCCCGUCCUCGUGAACGGAAAAGCUACGACGAUAAUCGCCACCGUGAACGCCCGUCUUCUCGUGACCAGGAAUCCUCUGGUCCUUCUGGUUUGCUCAUCCGUAAUCUCCCUCUCGAUGCUAGGCCAAACGAUCUUAGGGAUUCGUUUGAACGGUUUGGUCCACUCAAGGACAUAUACCUGCCAAGGAAUUAUUAUACUGGGGAGCCGAGAGGGUUUGGAUUUGUUAAGUACUGUAAUGCUGAAGAUGCAGCUGAGGCGAUGAAACGAAUGAAUCACAAAGUUAUUGGUGGACGUGAGAUAACCAUUGUUUUCGCUGAGGAGAACCGGAAAACUCCACAAGAAAUGCUGGUCGACACGGGGACUACAAGAGGUCUUCACAGAGAUCACCAAGGCGUAGAUAUCGUUCUCAUUCACGUUCGCGUUCUCCUCCAAGGCGAGACUCAAGGCACAGACACAAUAAAGUACGAGAGGAGGAUUUGUACUCUCCUCGAAGGCCAAGAUCUAUUUCCUGUUCCCCUUUGCCCCAAAAUGAGAGGGAAUACAAGUCUAGCAAUGUGUCUCGAAGCCCAAGGAGAAACUGUAGAAGUCCUAGAGAGGAAAGAGUGCUUACUCCAAUUAAGUCUCGAAGUCUGUCAGGGUCACGCUCUCGAUCCUUGAGUCGUUGAAGUUCUAAGAUGUUCUUCUGGCUUUGAAGAAGGCAACUUUCUCAGUGGACAUAAGAUCUGAAGUUUUACUAUGAAUGUGUUUCACUGUCUUUUUUGCUCUCUGUGUUUUGUUUGUUUGUUUCGUUCUUAGUUAACCCAACUUAAAUUCCCCUUUCUUCUUUUGUAAUGUACCUUAAAUUAUUCUCGAAAAUAUUAUUUAAUCAAAGUUUAUGCUUUUC